AUGGUUUAUUCUGAUUAUACAUUCCCUACUGCUCCUCCUGUGGAUCCAUUUGCAAAAAUCAGAGUGGAUGACUGUGGAAAAACCAAGGGAUGCUUCAGGUACGGUAAACCUGGAUGCAAUGCGGACACUUGUGACUACUUUCUGAGUUACCGUAGAAUAGGAGCUGAUGUGGAAUUUGAGUUGAGUGCUGAUACUGAUGGCUGGGUGGCGGUGGGAUUUUCCUCAGACAAGAAAAUGGGAGGAGAUGAUGUCAUGGCUUGUGUUCACGACGACAACGGAAGGGUCCGAAUACAGCACUUCUAUAAUGUUGGGCAGUGGGCUAAAGAAAUCCAGAGGAAUCCUGCUAGAGAUGAGGAAGGGGUUUUUGAAAACAACCGCGUAACAUGUCGAUUCAAGCGUCCUGUGUACGUACCCCGAGAGGAAACCAUCGUCGAUCUGCACUUGAGUUGGUACUACCUGUUUGCCUGGGGUCCAGCAAUUCAGGGUUCUAUAACUCGCCAUGAUAUAGACUCACCACCCGUAUCGGAGCGUGUUGUCAGUAUUUACAAGUAUGAAGAUAUUUUCAUGCCGUCAGCUGCCUAUCAGACCUUCUCUUCGCCGUUCUGCUUGCUCCUCAUCGUUGCACUGACCUUCUAUUUGUUGAUGGGAACCCCGUGACUCAUGGAAAAAUAGCAAGAAGCUGUCAGUGGAAGUUUCUCAGGAUGGACUGCUACAUGGACAGACGAUGCGUUUUUCUAUUGGGAUUUGUAUCACACCACCACCGUCACCUAGCUGCUUUUGAACAUAGUUAGCUUUUCAGGAGGAUGGAACAACCACCUCCUUUGAGUGGCAGAGUGGUGACAAAUCAUUUCAGAGUAACUAGUGAAUGCAUAGGAGA